UUUUGAUUUCAGUGAACCGAAAUCUGACGCGAUACCAUUUCGCCAGCCGGCCUGUCGAUGCUAAUGCUUGAUAAAAAUUCUGUGCUUUAGCAUGGACUAUCUUUAAUGCACUAUGUCUAAUGCACAAAGGUGGAUCAGACAAGUCGAAGGAGAUCCUGUGAAACCCGUAGUUCAAGUGCCAAGCAAUUCAGCAAGUGGGUGCCGGCUGACUGCAGCUAGGUACAUGACGCUAGGUAUCUGUUAUCGGGCCAUGGGGGAAAGUGGGAAUUGGGAUUUGUAGAGAUUGAGGUUAUAGCAGGGGUAUAGGGCAAAUAGAGGUUGCAGGUGAUAUCAUAUUGG